GGAAGUGUUGAGGAACGGGACGCUGUUGGUGAGGAUGGCAGCUCGUGGUGACAUCGGCCGUUACUCGUGCCUCGUCACCGGCAGACAGGGCCAGACCGCUGCCUCCCACACCUUCCUCCACGUCCUCAAGCCGCCCAAGAUUGAGCCGUUCUCGUUCCGUAGUCACCUGGAGGAGGGCGAACGAACACAACUCACCUGUAUGAUCAACUCAGGUGACCUACCCAUCACCCUCAACUGGCUCAAGGACGGCAGACACCUCCAGCACGACCCAGGGAUCGAUAUUAAGCAGCUCAGUGAUUACUCUAGGACCUUGUUGUUCAAGAAGCUGAAGGAGCACCACUCAGGCUCCUAUACCUGUGAGGCCGCCAACGCCGCCGCCACCACCAACCACACUGCCACGCUCAUGGUGAAGGUGUCGCCUCGGUGGGUGGUGGAGCCAGGCAGCACCACGGCCUUGGUCGGCUCCACGGUCGUCCUGGACUGCAGUGCUCGCGGCUACCCCCAACCUGAACUGACCUGGAUGAAGGCACCAGGGGACUCGGCACAGGACUUCCAGGCGGUGGUGCUAGAUAACGUACGGGCAUCACAGGCUGCCAACGGGUCGCUCGUCCUGCCUUCCGUCUCCACUAGCAGCGCCGGGUGGUUCCUCUGCCGCGCCGCCAACAACAUCGGGACACCCAUCUCCAAGGUCGUCCAGCUUACUGUCCAUGCCCCAGCACGUGUGGUGACGGAAGGUGGACCAGUGACAGGCCACGCUGGACAGACAGUGACGGUAGACUGUGAGGCGACAGGUGACGACCCUCUCACCCUCACCUGGCAGCGGUACCACGCCCCUGUCUCACAAGGUCAUAGGACGUCAAUACGUGAGAGUGGGGGAGGCGGGUCGGUUAGGGUGGUACUGGAGAUACGGUCAGUGACGGCUGGUGACGCCGGGCCGUACACCUGUCACGCCACUAACCGUCACGGCGAGCACUCGCAAGUGUUCACUAUAGUUGUUAUAGAGCCGCCGACAGCGCCAUCAGGAGUGGUGGUGUCAGAGGUGGGGAGCCGCUCAGCCCGUCUCUCCUGGUCACUACCACAGCCAGCAGCCAUCACCAUACAAUACCGAGCAGCUGCGAAAGAGUCAUGGACGUCCCAUGGGCGUAAUGUGAGUGUGGGUCAGUGGGCAUCAUGGCACGUACUAACAGGCCUCACGCCCUACCACGCCUACGCCGUCAGGCUCAUGGCUCACAACGACCUGGGGGUGUCCCAGCCCUCCAGCGUCCACUUCUUCACCACCCUUGAGGAAGCACCGUCAGGAGCACCUCAGGACGUACGUGUUGCUACAGGAGGUCCUCGCUCCCUGCUGGUGACCUGGCACGCCCCUGUCCCACGCCUCACUCACGGUCCUCUCAGAGGCUACACCAUCGCCCUCCGUCGCCAGAACCUCCAGGGCCACCUCGUCUACAUCACCAGACCCAUCACAGCUCUGCCAGCCGGUGACACUGAAGCGUUGGAGCAGUACGAGGUGCGGGGGUUGACGCCGGCCACACUGUAUGAGGUGGCUGUGAGGGCGUUCACCAGGGCGGGGCCAGGACCUCUCUCCUCCCCCAGGAUAGUUCACUCCACCAGCCAUGACGCUCCGUCGUGUCCGCCGGUGGGAGUGUCGUGUCGUGGGUCUGGACGUGGCGGGGUACGGGUGUGGUGGUCUCCCCCGCCCACACACUGUGCACACGCCCCUGUCACUGGCUACACCAUCCUCGCCACGCCCACCAAGCACGUCCAACAAGACACUAGCAGCAGCACCUGGAUGGUCAACACAACUAACCUGGAGAAGAACGUGGAUGGUCUCCCUCCAGCCACCAACAUCAGCGUCAGAGUCAAGGCUUUCAAUGACAUGGGCUUCAGUUCCCCCAACCAUCCAAUUUUCUGUGUUACUGAAGAUGAUGUCCCAGGGCCUCCGAGAAGGGUGCGGGUGGUGGUGACAGGCAGCACCACCCUACUGGUGACGUGGUCGCCGCCCCAGCCACACUCAGGCACCAUCCUCCACUACACCCUCUACUCAGCCAGGGACGACCAGGCGGCAUCGCGGGACGUGGUGGGUGCAGGUGGGUCAGAGGCCACCUGGAGGGAGCUGAGUGGCCUCACAUUGGCCUCCAGGGUACAGGUGUGGGUGACAGCUACCACAGUGGCAGGGGAGGGCAGCCAGUCCCCAAGACUCACUGCUCUGCCCACCCCUACACCCACACACGCCCCCUUUGCUGUGGGUGGAGGACGGUCGUGGUGGGUGGGUGCCGGCUCAGGUGUGACCCUGGGGUGCAGGGGCCUGGGGUCACCAUCACCCACUCUCUCCUGGACAAAGGCUAGCGCCACCAUCACCAACAGCCAGCUCACUCAGCUCCUGCCAGGGGGCGACCUACACCUGACGGCUGUGAGGGAGACGAGUAACUACACGUGUUGGGUGAGGAACAAGGUGGGCGUGGACAGCCUCACUCACCAGGUGGUUGUCGUCACGCCGCCCUCGCCACCCACCCUCGCUCUCGCCCACGCCACCCACCACGCCCUUAACCUCACCAUUACUCCUGCUAGUGAUGGAGGUGCGCCUAUACUGGGCUACACGGUGCAUCACAGACAGCGGGCGGGGGAGUGGGUGGAGACGAGUGCUGACCCUGGGGUGAGGACGGUGAUGGUGAGAGGUCUUCCCUGUGGCGCCCCUCACCACCUCUACCUCACCGCCUGGAACACUCACGGCACCAGCACCCCGAGUCCUGUCCUCCUCACUAACACCCUCGGCAGUCCUCCUGGGCGGCCCGACCCGGCAAAGUUAGUGGAGGUCAACUCGACGUGUGUGACGCUCCGUCUGUAUGUCUGGCCUGAGCUGGGCUGCCCCGUCACACACUGGAAGGUGGAACGCGGUAGUGAAGAUGCUGAGGUGGCCUGGACUUCUUUAUAUGCUCACGUGACCAGAGACACUACUGACCUGGGCCUCUGUGACCUGACCUCCACCUCCUGGCACCUCCUGAGGAUCACGGCGGGAUCUACUGCAGGAGACACUUCUGUAGUGUACCGCGUGACCAUCAGAGGCCAUAUUGAUGGUGAAGCCACGGGUCAGCCGCCGGUUCAGGAGGUGGUGAUGAUGGGCAGCCCGGUGGUGAUGACUGAGUGGCUGGACGCCCAUGUGGUGGCGGGCGUGGUCAGUGCUAUCCUGCUGGCAGCGGCUCUUAUCAUCUGCGUCUGUGUCGCCGUCAGGAGACGCAGGUACGGGGGAUACAGUGCAGGUGAGAGUCUGGACAACAAGGGCGGGGGAGAGGAAGACAACGCCCGUAACUCAGAGCUCACCCGCGCCCACCUCUACUCUCCCGCACCCACCAAGAAACCUCGCGGCUCUCUCGCCUCCCUCAAGACUCAGGGUGACACCUCUGACCCCUACGAGAUCUGCCCCUACGCCACCUUCAGCGUGGGAAGUUCAGAGGGAACCUUAGAGUACGGUCUGUCUCUACACGCUAUGACCCCUCGGGACUGUCUGGAACAACCUGUCCACAGUGAUCGCCACGGCCAGCAGCAGUCCGCCACCUACGGCCAGGUUGGACGACAGAGGGCCCAGUCUCACUAUAAGGAAACAGAAAUUGCCUACAUAAGUAAUCGAAACCGUGGGGAGUAUGGUAGCCGACCCAAGUCUCUCCCUGGUGGCCAGCCAACACCUGCGCCCCUGCCAGGAGACGCCUCGGAGCAGACAGCAGCGUGGACUGACGAGGCUGAGAGGAAGGACACACGUAGUCGUCCUCACCGCUCCAGAAGUUGCACGAGAGGCACGGAGGCCACCCAGCGUGACUCAAGCACCGAGAGUAACGACGCCUCCUCCCCUGUGCAACAACGGCAGCACUAUCAGCACCCACAGAUGCCACCACAACCACAUCUCCAGCACCACGCACAGCAGCUGGGUUCACAGCACACGCACCAGUUGGGUGGUUCACAGCACCCACAACAAUUGGCUUCACAGCACCCCCCGCCGCAGUUGGCCUCACAGCACAUACAGCAGUUGGGUUCACAGCAGCUGACUCCACAGCACCUACAGCAGUUGAAUUCACAGCACCCACAACAAUUGGCCUCACAGCACAUGCAGCAGUUGGGUUCACAGCAAAUGGCUCCUCAACAGCAAGCAACAGCAGGACGUGUAGGGCCCCAUCCACUGCCACCUGUCCGACUUGCCAGAGUGCACAGCGAGACAUCGUCCUCCAGCGAGGAGUCGCCCCUCACACCCCCCGCCCCUCGGCCUCUUCACCCACCCUCGGCGUUUUCAGACUCUCGGGAGCUGUCUGAGACAGAGUGUGACAGAGAGAUGCUGUCACAGGCCCAAGCCAGUAGUAACGCGUCACAAUCAAGAGUUAGAAGUAACGGCAGAGUCAGCGGCGAUAACAUUUCUGCCACUGAACUGACCGUCUUGCUGCAGCGGUAUGAGCAGCAACAGAAGCAACAGCAGCAGCAGCUGGAGCAGAGGAGUUCGCAGCUGAAACAACAAGUAAACCGAAUAGCCCAGAAAAAUCCGUACAGUAUUAAUGUGUAAUGUUCGCCUUAUUUCAGUAUAAAUGUCAAAGUUAUAGGAAAAUAUUUAUAUUUUUAUAAUAUUGUCUGACGUCAUGUACUGGAUGUACUUUUGCCGGAUAUCUUCAUCAUUCACUGUACGUGUUGCUGAGGUCGGGCCCGAGACCUGGUGAACACUUGACACAGCUGGUGAGAAGCACCAUGUUAACUUCUUUAUAAACUGCACGAGCUUUACGCUGCACCACAAUGACGACUGUAAUAUUCCUCCCAAACCUGAUGUAGUGAUUUUUCAGUGAACCUUCGUGUCCUGGGCUACAGAACUCAGCUCCUGGGGAAGUCUACAGUUCUGUCGUAUUGCAUUGUUCAUAAAGUAUGGAUCUUGUUCAUUAUUUAUCAUUGCUUGAUGUUUUGAUUCACAAAAACUUCUGUAACGUUGAAUAUAUAAAAAUAUAAUGAUAAUGAACAUUUAAUAUGAACCGGAAAAAUUAUAAGUGUGACGAGAGAUAUAUUCAACACUGUGACAGAACAACUAUAUGAAUUGUUGGUUGGUCAUAUAUUUAAUGUGUGUGUGUGUGUGUGUGUGUGUGUGUGUGUGUGUGUGUGUGUGUACAGUACAAAGAGAGAUGUGAAGUCAAAUGAGGACUUAUGUUGAACAAUAGAUCAGCAGAAGCACUAAAGUGAAAACAUGUUUUUAAGCCCAAACUCACUGUAUGUUUUCCUUCGCCAUAUAGUUUACAGUUUAUUAUAUUGUUGUACACAAGUCUAAAAUCCUCACUGUUGUUUACAAGACAUUUUUGAUUAAUAUCAUCGUGUAUCAUUGUAUUGUAUGGAUCGUAGCUUCAAAGGUUUAUAAUUGUUUCGACCUUUUCCCACGCUGUUAUGGGAACUAACAUAUGUGAGAAUAAGUAAACUCUUGAACUACAGUU